GAAUUGUUUUUUUACUGACAGCUUUACACAAUAUACAUCGAAUCACUUUUAUACAUCGAAUAUGAACAUGUAAUUUUAAUAUGGAUCCAGAAUUAACAAUAAAUUCAGAAGUGAACGAAAUGAAUGUCGUCGAAAAAAGAAAUGUAGACAAUAAAGAAGAUAUAGACAAAAAGGAAGACAGAACAGAAAAAGUUGUCGACGACAUUGUAACCAAAACAGAGGACGGAGAUAAAUCAACCUUAGAAAAUAUUUUAAGCAAAACAGAAGACGGAGAUAAAUUCAUUCCUAACAAAAUAGAAAAGGAGGUCGAUUCCACAGAUUCAUCAAAAACAGAAUCGAUUGUACCAGAAUUACCGGAUAUCAAAAAAAGUGAAGCCAAAAACACUAGAACAGAUAUUAUAGCAACGAAAGCACUUGUUGAGAAAAAGCCGAGUAAAUUCAAACUAUGGUUUUUACGAACAUUUUUUUUCAAGAAGUUUAAUAAAACAAAAAUUGAUUUGAAACGUAAAAGACACGAUUUAACUGUAACGGAAAGUGGUGUAGAACGUUCUACGUCAGUAACACCAUCGUCUAGUUCAUCAAGUAGUGUAGCUCCAAUUGAAACUAUUUCAGAAAAUAAAGACAAAUUAGGGCAACAAAUGAUAUGUGCUCCAGUCUCUGUUGUUACUGAACUUGUUAAAGAAUGUGGAAUCAUUGAUUAAUUAUGUACUAUAUUUUCGACAUUCAUUUCAAAACACUUCCUGACAAUCAUCAAAA